CGUAAACCUACUUCCUUUUUCAGUCUAUCUCCGUUUUCACGUACAACCAACUUCUUUUUUCAAAUCUCGAUAAUGAGGUAAAGGGAAAAGAAAAAAAAAAGCUUAGAAGCUUUAGUUCAGAGAAACACGAUGGCUAAUGCAAAGGAAACAACUUUUUAUAUAACAAUCUCUGUGGUUGCUUUUGUCAUUGGUAAAAUCGUGAUCGCUCUUCUUCUCUACAAGAGAUGGAAGAGAAAACACACAGUUCAUGAAAAUGGAUUCCCAGUCAAAGGAGGAGGAAAAAUGGUGAUGUUCAGAUCUCCGUUACUUAACUCUGUUUCCUCUGACAUGUUUAUGAAGAAGACACAUAAGCUAAGCAACAAAGACAUUCUCGGUUCUGGAGGGUUCGGAACUGUUUACAGAUUAGUCAUUGAUGAUUCAACAACUUUUGCUGUCAAGAGACUAAACAGAGGAACCUCUGAGAGAGACAGAGGGUUUCAUAGGGAGUUAGAAGCGAUGGCUGAUAUAAAACACAGGAACAUUGUAACUCUCCACGGCUACUUCACUUCUCCACAUUAUAAUCUUCUCAUCUAUGAGCUCAUGCCUAAUGGAAGCUUGGAUUCUUUUCUACACGGAAAAGAAUCUGGAGAUAGAAAAAUUUUGGAUUGGGCGUCGAGAUACCAAAUCGCGGUUGGAGCGGCUAGAGGGAUUUCUUACCUUCAUCAUGAUUGCAUCCCUCACAUUAUCCAUAGAGACAUCAAAUCUAGCAACAUACUUCUUGAUCACAACAUGGAAGCUAGGGUUUCUGAUUUUGGUUUAGCCACUUUGAUGGAGCCAGACAAGACUCAUGUCUCGACCUUUGUUGCUGGAACAUUUGGAUACUUAGCUCCUGAGUAUUUCGAUACGGGUAAAGCGACAAUUAAAGGAGAUGUUUACAGUUUCGGGGUUGUUCUUUUGGAGCUUUUAACUGGAAGAAGACCAACAGAUGAUGAGUUUUUUGAAGAAGGAACAAAGCUUGUUACUUGGGUAAAAGGAGUGGUAAGAGAUCAGAGAGAAGAGGUGGUGAUAGAUAACCGGUUAAGAGGAUCACCAAUUCAAGAGAUGAACGAUGUGUUUGGUAUAGCGAUGAUGUGUCUUGAACCGGAACCGAUCCUUAGACCGACUAUGGCCGAGGUUGUCAAAUUGCUCGAAUAUAUCAAACUUUCGAAACGUUCUUCUUCUUCGUUCUGAUGCCUCUCUCUCUCUCUCUUUUUUUCUCUUGUCGAUAUUGCUCGCAUGAGAUGAAAGCAUGCACGUGAGCAUGUUCUGUAAGAAACUUAACUAGUUUCUUGAAAUAAUCAAAUUAUUCAGUUCCAAAAUAAAGUUUGGCUGAAGAAAAAGACUUCGAGAUUCGCUUCUCUCUUUGAUAA